CAGACGUUGCGGAGUAAAGACGUGAGCGGUAGUGUCUGGUUUCUAUAAAGUGGUAAACCUGUGACUUGGGUUUUUAUUUCCGCGUUCAUCGUCACUUAUUAACAAAAGAUGCGUUCAGACGUGUUGGUGGGAGUUGUGGGCGGAUUGGGUGGUGGACGGCGGCCGCCCACCGAGGAGUACCCGCCUACAGGGGAGGACUAUCCCCCUAGGAGGGAGAUGAGCGCGGCCUGGCUCUAUCACGUGCAUGACCUCACCCUGAAGACCCUCAGAGCACGAGAACAUGCCGUCAAGAACACCCUACCUCAUGACCCGCGCACGUGGAGUCGUGAGGACGUCCACCGCUGGCUUCAUCACGUGUCUGAAGCCCACCAGCUGCCCAGGGUCUUCCCCGAGAGGUUCCUCAUGAACGGCAAAGCUCUCUGUCUUAUGACCCUAGACAUGUUCGUGCAGAGGGUCCCACUAGGAGGUAAACUGCUCUACAAAGACUUCCAACUUCGACUCUGUAACGCCAUGUAUGCCUGAUAGACUCUGAACCACCAGGUGUGUGGGUCCUUUGAGGCUCAGGUGUCUUCAGAUACCUGGCGAAGUGAUGUGCUAAGAAUCAGGUGUUUUGUUUUAGUGCCUGACGAAAGAGAGCGAGACCAAAAAAAUUAGUUAGGUGUUUAUAUAUCUGAGGAAACCAAAGUGAGUUCUGUAAAGUCGGGCUCAAGUCAGGUAUAUUAACCGGUAAAUAAACUAUGGUGAACUUAGGAGUAAGGUGUACAUAUACAUACAUGAAUAUUAUCACCCAAGGAUAUGAAAUAAAACGUCCAGAAAGUGUGAGUUAAUGAAGAGUCCGACAGAACGAUGUAAUAAACCCAGAUAGCCUUAUUAUGCAUGAGAAAAUUAUCCACGAGAUUCGGGGGUUGAGCUCAAAAGAUCCAGAGAAAAAGUUGUUCAUUUUUAAAGGAGUUUUCCCCCGAGUGGAUAUUUUGGACCAUGUGUCUCUCAACGUUGUGUUUGCAGCCAAAGAUUAUAAUAUUGUACCAGCGGUUCCUCAGCUUGGCGGGUCCUGUGUGUCUGGUCCUGUUCCUACUGUGUUAUUGUUUACAACUCUGUGGUUCCUCUCAGUCCAGACAUAAUUCCCGUUAUCGCCACAGGAAAUUCUUCGAUACUUCUCAAAGGAAUGAUCUGACGUAAAUGAAAUAAGGACCCCCUUUUGUUUCUUUCUCCAACUAUGAAAAGCAUGAACUUUUCUUUAGUUUCUUAUGAUCAAAGGCAAAAGAAGGUGAGGAGACCAGCGGCUGCCCGUCUCUACAGUACAGCUGAGGUGAUGGACGAGUGUUAGGUUCUACCACCCACCUCCUCACCCCUGCCGCCCCCCGUAGUGGUCAGUGUGUAGGGUGGUUGUCCAACAGGCCGUCGUUAGUCGCCGCCCUAGCCAGGCCCCCAACAACGCAUCGACCAGCAAACAGGAAACCGGUACACGGCACUUCCUGGUGUCUGCCACGCUGAGGGGAUGCGACGCACUUCCGUCCAACAGCGCCCCUCAUCGGCCAUCACCCACCGCCCUCCACCCCUCACUCUUCAUCCGCUUUCCCCCCUUCUCUUCAUCCGUCAUCCGCUUUCCUUCUUCAUCCCA